AUUAAUGGUUAGAAUUAGAUCAUGUUUUGAUGUACAUUUUAUUGUCAUUAUUUGAGUCUCUCAAUCAAUUCACAACGUAAAUGAAUCUGCAAAUGGCGAACCACAACCCAACAACCUUAUUUCAGCUGUUUAGUGGAUUCAUUUUUGACUGAUAAUCUUGUUGAAGGCGUGAAAAGUUGAUUGCACAACAUAAAACGUAAUCAAGGAUAAUAUUGCACCAAUUGCUGUAAAAUUAUGUGAAACAUUUUCAGGGCCCGCCCAAAAUAGUUCGUUCUUUUUUAUUAAUAUGUCAAGUCAUCUACCGAAACAAGCCAACGAGUUCCGAAACUAACUUUCUUUGUGUUGUUUGAGACAUUUGCGAAAUUUAACGAACGAUGAAUGGCAAUGAGGUGGUAUUGAUAUAUAUGUUGAUAGAUGUAAGACACGAAACUUGAUACCUCACUACACAUUCACUCAACGUGUCGGUGAUUGCACAUAUUUUUAUAAUGUGUUUUGAUACACUCACUUCCAACAAGACUCUCCUUUAACCUAAACGUUUCACGUUCAUCUUUGCCUACCUAAUUUAUUGUGUCCUGGUUCAGUUGGAAGGCGUGGGGUAUGAACCCGAGAUGGGUACCAUGCGAUACCAAUAUAGUUAAUUUUAACGCCCUAACCAAUAGGCUUCUGCCCUCCAUAAUUGAACAAUAAUUUUUUAGUAACAAGAUACAAUUGCGACGCGACAUUGAAAAGAAUUGCCGCGUCGUUGCUAUUUGUACGAGACGGCCUUGCGCCGUUGUGUAUUGCCUAUCGAAUGUCUGAAGUUGGUUGCCAUUGUCGUCACGCCUAUAUGACGGUUUAGCGUGAAUACAUAAAGUAUUUUGCUAAACUAUUUGCUUUGUUGAGGCUGUGAGUACGCGGCCUAGUAGGAUGUGUAAGCCAUGUGUCUUCUUGCAGGGUAUACAAACGGUAGAAAUGAAAUUUGUUUUCCUUUUUUACCUAUCGUAAAAUAGUAAAUGAACUUGAUUUUCCUUGCAAGGUAAAACACCAAAUUCAAGAUAUCAAUUUGCAAUGGUAGAGCGAGCCGAUGUCUCUUCGAUUUGUAACUUGAACCAAUGCAAGAUUUUAUAUGUUGAAGAAGAUGGAGUCUGUGAAGAUGUCAGGAAUAUUUUACUCUCUUGUGAUCUUUUUCAUCAGUGGAUGUAUUGCAAACCAAACAGAUGAUAUAAAACUUCAUGUCUCCCCACAUGAGAUGGCUGUUGAACCUGGUUCUGAUAUAUCUAUCAAAUGCAAUUCUUCGUUGGCAAUACACAGGGUGAACACUUUUUCUGAUCAAAAAUAAAAUUAUGAUACAUACAAUGUAUUUACAGUGGUAAUUUUUGCUUAUUCCAAUGUCAAUCUUUUUCUUUAUAAAUCUUCAGUUCUAUUGGAGUAUUCGUGGAAAAAUUGUUGAUAUGAAGUUUGUACAAAAGCUGGAUGAUCAUUCUAUGAUACUAAAUUUGAAAAAUGUGGGACUAGAUCCAACAUAUGAUUUUCGUCAAAGUACAGAUGUUGUUUGCACUGACAACUAUUACAGUAACGGAUGUACAGUAGAUGUUGGUUAUGGUCCAGUAGCUCCAGAAGUUCAGUGUUUGAUGCAGAAUUUAAAUGAUCUGCAUUGUAGAUGGUCAUAUCUCGAUAAGAGAACAGAGAGUCAUCUAAACUGGCAGCAUGAAACUACUUCAACUACUACAUACAAAAGUUCAGGUUGGAGUCCAACUUCAACAGGGCUGUGUAAAGAAUCAACAGAUGUGAAAAAAUCAAACUUUCAUGGGUCAUGUGUUGUCAGAACAAAGGAUGAUUUGAGAUAUUGGAAAAAUAUGGAAAUUGAAGUUGUUAUAUCAAAUGUUAUGGGGGAAAAUUCAUCUGUACUAGUGUUUACUCCAGAAGACAAUGUGAUGUUGUCUCCACCUAUAAUGAAUACAUCUAUAACAAGGCAAGGAAAUGAAGGUGGAACAGUACAGAUUGAAGCAGUUUAUUCCUCUAGUCCGGAAACUCAUGAAUACCUCCAUCGAUAUUGCGCAAAGUGCUAUAGACUCCAAGUUUCUUACAAAGAGAUCCAGGAUGAUGUUGAUGAGAAAAGUAUAAAGCAGUAUGAUGAAAAGAUAUUCUGGCAACAGUGGUCUCAAAACACAUCUGAAGAUGAUCACCUGAAUCGAAAUUUAAUGAAUAGAUCUUCAUUCAUUUCUGUUGAUGCUCAAAAGUUGUCAAUCCAUAAUCUGCCUGCAAACACAAGGUAUAUUUUCCAAGCUAGAUGGAAGGUUGGUGGUGAAGACUUUUCCGGUGUUUGGAGCCUCAGCACGUUCUUUGUAACCAGAACAAACAACUUGGAGCCUCCUGCAUUUUUUCAAUCAGCUCUCUUAUUCUUUAAUCACAAUUCUUGUUCUUCCCUAUCUUGUAAUUAUCCUGAUGAAAGUCAAACCACCAACCAUCAAUUACGUCCAAUUCUAUUUUGGAAGCAUAGCGAGCAAGGUGAAAUAAUUCAUGAAAAAAAUAUUUAUCAUUACCAAUCAACCACUGAGAAACACAAUAUAUCAAAAUUAUCAACAUCCCUACCACUGUUCAUUAAUUCAACCUCUGAAAUCAAGAUAUCUGCCGUCAACGAUUUAGGAACAACCUCUUCACCAUUGUUCACAAUUUCUUUAGAUUCAUCAUGUCAUUUGGAGAUUGUCUCCUUAACAUUGAAAAAUAACUUGGGAAAAGUAUUGAUAUUUCAAAUUGUUUGGGUUUAUUUUUCAACCAAUUCUUCAAUUGAAUGCAAUCUCAAGGACAUAGAGGAAUCAUUAAAAGUCAGCGUAUUUUCGUGGCAAGAAAAAUCUGCAAAGAAUAAAAAGAAAUCCUUUAUCGGAUCCAGUGAAAUUCCAUCCUAUGUCAAGCUGAAUACAUUUUACAUAGAAAUUAACUCUACAAAAUUACCUAAUAGUAAAAAGAGAAGAGAAGUGGAAUUUCAUGUACAAGAUGUGAGACACACAAAUUCAACAUUGCAGUUCUCAUCUUAUUUUCAACCAUUCACUGCAUAUAGAAUUGCUGUUGCUUUGUCAUCUUCAGUUGGAAACAAAAUAUCUCAAGGGCCUGCAAGCCUCAAUAGCAAUUUGUAUUACUAUUCAAUACAAAAGCCUGUUGGAACACCUUCUUCAAUAAAUUGUACAGAAAUAAGACAGACAUCAAUGAUUGUAACAUGGUCAUCAGUUAAGCCAGAGGAACGGGCUGGCCCAAUUUUAGGAUAUUAUGUACUAUAUUACACAACUAACAAGAACUGCCUUUCUGGACAUCAGUCUAUUAGUUGCCACAGUCCAUAUGAUAUUUUUCAUGAAAAUUGCAAUAGAAGUCAUGCUCAUGUUGAAACGAUUUGGAUUAAUGAACAUGCAACUAAAGAUAGAACAACAUCAGAUGGAUGGCAUAUUGAAUCCACAGACAAGAAUAAUGCUAUGUCAUUCACUUUAACUAAUCUCCUUCCUGGAUCACAAUAUUAUAUUGGAAUUGCUGCUUUUAACAAGAAAGGAAUAAGUAAAUGUUUUCAUCAUGUUAUUCAAGAUACGGAUAAAGCAAGACAUACUACAUGGAAACCUUUUGUAAUAAUACUGACUAUUUUUGGAUUUCUGGUCGUUGGUAUCUGUAUCAUGCACCGAUUUCGUAAAUCCAUAUGGCAAUGCUUACAUCGUCCUAUGACAUCUGCUGAAGAAGUGUUCAGGAUCCCAUUGAACACUGAUAAUGAAGGUGAGGUUGAUGAACUUGAUGCAACAGUAACUACGAUUGAUACAGGAGACCCAUAUGAUUGUUUUCAUGCAAAUGACAACAAUGUUGAUGAAAUUGCUAUAAUUAAGACACAAUUGGCAAUGGAAGAACACCAAAAUAUCAAUAACAAUGCUUCACACGCAUUACUGCAAGAUCAUAAUUGUACCGAAUUGAAAAAAUCAUGCAAUAAUGUUAAUGGUAUGCCCGCUUACCUGCAAAGAACUCCUCCCAGACAUGAUUCAGGUUCAACAAAUCAAGACACAAGUUCUCUUGCAUCUGAUGUACCUGGUUGUUCACAGUCAUCAACUACCGCUAGCACCAGCAGACCAUCAACUUCAUGCUGUGAUGACUCGGAUAAUAGCAGCAUUUCUAGUACAGAAGAUAAAUAUACAUCACUUCAAAGAGCUCUAUACAUAAGUGGAAGAACAAGAUGUUGUGUUAGAAUAUAAUAGUAACGAGCAAGCAAUUUGUGGUACACACUUUCACCAGUUUGAUUAUCUGGGAAAUCCGGGCAGCUUUUAUGUUUACUGUAUCUGAGUGCGUGUACAUUUCGAAUAAUUGUUAUGAAAUGACAAAGUGAUAUCUUUUACCGUACUUCAAUUUUUGAACUUUGACUGUUUCAUGGCAAUAAAUUAUGAGUUAAUAUUUGACAAACUGUUGAACAGUCAUCAUUACAAGCUUCUUUUUUCACCAGAUGUAAAUGUACAUACUUUCUACAGUAGUACAUCUACUUAGGAUUAUCUCAAUUCUAUGUACAUAUGGUCUAGUUAGACUGGCUGAUUGAGUCAUAAAUAUGUUCAAUAUCACAAUAUUGUUUGGUUUUCUCAGUAUUUAAGAAUAUGUGUGGCACAAUUCUAUGCCUCUGAUUAUAAAUUGAAUUUAUAUAGCCUGAUGUGUGAAGAAGUCAAUGAACUUGAUGAUCAGGACCACAUCAACCCAAUAUUGUAUUUCAUUGUAUACAUAUUGAACAAUUUAUGGUAUACUUGUGUUUUGUGUUGUAUUCAGAACCAUAUGUCUUUCAGACAUUUUAUACAACUUAUAGGUUAAAUCCAAAGUAGUAUGGAAAAUCACAUAGCGUCAAAUGCUCUUUCAUGAAUGUCCUCAACUUUUUACCAUUUUUUAUAUUUUGCAAACAGUUGUACUUCAAUUACAUCACAAUAGUCAAGAAGCUUGUGUAACCCAAUUAAGAUGCCUUGAAAAGUUGUAAUAGUGACUUCCCACAACUUGGCUUGUCACUGGGAUAUAUUUGUAAAACUACUCUUUUUAUUCUUAUUGUGUUCCUACCAUUACCCAAUCCAUGCCAAAACGACUAUUCCAACUAGGUUGUUGUACUCGUGUCAUGCUACAACUUUCUAUUCAUGGUAAUUUUUUUGCUCUUAGACACUGCGUAAAAUCGUUAAUUGAAGUUAUUUUCAAAAAUCUCCACUGAUAUCUGCAUUUUUAAAUUUAGAUAUUCCUACCUAAAUUUUCUUCAAUUUCUCUGUGCCAACAUGUCAAUUCGUUUAUUAUUAGCUUGUCGUGAUAUUUUGGUAUACCACCAUCUGUAUUUAAUGAAAUUACACAUGCUUGUUGUUUGCUUUUUUUAUUCUUGAAAGAUUAUCCCCAUUAUUAUGUGGACUAUUUUUUGAGUGAUCCCAUCAUUAUUCAUUCAACUGCAUAAGUCCUGAAAUUUCCAUAAAUCUUGACUGUAUACAAAAAAUAGACUAGGGGGUCAAAAAUUUUGACAUAUACAAGCAACUAACAAUUCCCUUAAUUGUAUGCCUGCAUUAUAUUUAUUUUUCAAGGUCUAUCAUAUGUAACAUAUGAACAAUUCAAAUACUACCAUAUCUUUUUUCUUUGCAUUAACAUUUAAUUUGUGAACUUAAAAGCUAAAAGCAUAUUAUGGAAGGUAAGUACUGUUUAAAAUCAAAACUCUUUUAACAGUUUUGUUUGCUGGUGGCCCUUUUUCUAUUUUUAAUCUAAAUAUUACAUUUUUAUUACAGUUUAUUCUUAAAAAUCUAGUAUUGUCCUACAGCAAUGUCUUCAUAUUUUGCACUUGUGUUCAAAGUUUCGGAUUUUUUUCAAUCUUCAACACAUAUUACACAUAACUUUCUUCCAUUAAUGUGAUGUGAAUUUAUUGCUCAAUUUGUAGUUUACAAAGUUGCUUUAAAAUUCUCCUUAUUGCUUCCAUUCGUUUGGAACAUUCUAUUUUAUGAAUACUUUACUUUUUAUGUGUAUACCCGACACAUUAGUGAUAAGAAGGCAGGCAUGCGCCAAAUUUUAUUAACUUUUGUCUUACAUAUAAUUAAUAGUAAGAGUUGUUAGUUGGCUCACAAUAUUCGCGAAAGCAGGAUUUGAUUUAAAGUGAUCUGUUCUUUAUUUAUCACGUCCGAGUGCUUUCCUGUAUUAAAAUAAUUUAUAUUUGAAUUCAUUCAUUUAAGUCAUAUAAUUGUCUUGAUACUUUUAUAAGCUUAUUUCAAGGUGCUGUGUUUUUUUUUUACAAAGUUUCUGUAUCUUCACCAGUGUUUUCUAACUUCUUUCGCUUUGUUUUCAAUGUUGAUAUAUAUUAAUAUAUUUGUCUCCUCUUGCCUACUGUUGGUGAAGAUUUCUAACGCUCCACUCUGUGCCGAGAUAUUCAGAGUGGACCAUGAACACAUUCGGAACCAAGUAUGUGCAACUGGAGCAUUUGAAAGUUGAACAAUUCCCAUGUACUGUUAAACCGGCCAAGAAGCAGUUGUUCGCCAUAUGAUCCAGUCGUCUCAUCGGUGCUCCUCAUUACUGGGUGAUGGAUAUUUAAAUCUUAUUAAUAUCUUUAUGGAACCACAAACUUCUGCACAGAUACUCUGACGGACGUAAGGUUAAUGCUUGAUCUGAAGCUUGGCAUAAAGGUUUCGCUGUUUUUAUAUUUGUUUAUUCAUGCUCUAAAUUUGAUAUUUAUUUUCUUCAAGUGUGUUUAUUUGGAAUUAAACUGAAUCUUCCAUUGA